AUGCCCUCCUCGUUUGGACAUGUUAGUGAGACUGUGGCCAAAGAGGUUGGAUGUAAAGAAACGAGGCCUGUCAAAUACUUGUCAAGUGCCAACAAAUUCCAUCUAUUUAGUAUACUACGAAAGAAGAGCUCUGCUUUACUGAAGCGACGAUCUGAGUAUGUUCCACUUGGCUUCACUCUCCUGGACAUCCUGCAGCCAAGUCUUUCAGUCCCAGAAACAACUGUGGAGGGACCACUCUACCUGGAGGCCUUUAACAACUGGAAGCAGAAGGCUAUGGCUAGUGUGAGUGUGAAUGUUGGUGCAGAAGUGAGUGCGUCAGGGGAGUGUUCUGAGGACCACGAAUACUCCCUUGACUAUCAGAUUGUCAGCAUCUCUUCCCCAAACCUGGAAGACCUUCUAAAAAGGAAACUUGUGGAUCCAGAGCCGCAAUAUCUCAGUGAGUGCCGGGAUAGAAAUGACAAGCUAUAUGUGGUGACACAGACUAUUGAAGUGGUCAAAGAUACCGUGCUGUACAACAGCAAUAAUAUGAAUUUUUUGGGAAAUUAUUUCCUUGGAAUUACUUCUGGCAAGAGUCAAGGUGAAGGACAGUAUCUCAAAAAGAGUGUGAAGAAGCUGAGUCUACAGACAGGCAUGGUGAUGGCCUACAAGAUGAAGCAGCUAAUUAUUAAGAAAAAAGGCAUUCUUUCCACUUCUUAUGGUAGUCAGCUGACCUUUCAGGAUCGUGAGCUGCCUAAGUUUCGAUUUCUCCGGAAAACAGUGUCAUUUGAGGUGCAAGUAGGAGAAGACACCAGGCAGAGUGAGAGUGAGAGUGGGAGUGGGAGUGAGAGUGAUGACUAUGAGGAUUUCGGGGAUCUACAAAAUGAGGUGUCCUCGAAAACGGAUGCACUGAGUGGACUCUCCAAGAACAUUCAGCAUGUCGUGUUCCAUAGUGUCCUGGCCAUGCUCAGAGAUCAGAGGGCUCUGGAGAACCUGGAGGACAUGCUGGAAUCCGAUAGCUUGUGUCAUUUGGAUGACCCUCUUUGCAACAUCCUAAAUGAACUGCAACAGAACUCAAGCCCUGCAGAGCACGCCAUUCUUGGUCUCCUUGAAGGCAUAAUUGAGCUGAGUGACAUCCAACAUUACUUUCUGGCCCUGUCCAUGGAGAAGAGGAUCAUGGGUCACCAACGGGAGCUGGCAAGGAGCAUCUUGGAGCACCACUUUGAAUACUUGGAGGUUGUUACCUUCACCCUCAAUCCUGAGCUCCUAGCCCCACUCCAGGAGGAGGAUGUGGCCAUCACCUGUGGCCUGUUGGAGGAGUGUGGCCUGAAGAUAGAGCCAAAUAGUCGCAGAUAUCACUGGGACCCAUCAGCCAAGAUGUCGCUCUCCAUCCUCUAUGGGGUCCUCUCAUUGCUGCAGGAGCUGGCUGAGGCCUCAGCUCUCCCUGAGGGGCCCUCAGUCCAGAGCUGCCUGGGCUCCUCCCAGGCUACGCUGUAUAUGAUGUCAUGGGAAACACAGAGGCAGGAAAAUGAUUCCUGUACUAAUGCAAAUGGACCCAAAUGGGAAGUGCUCCUAUCCUCAGGGAUAUUUCUUGCUCCAGGCACAUAUCUGUGCAGAAUGCUGUCCAUCAAGGAAGCUCACAGGAAGCGGCCCUCAGAAUGUCAGCGCAUGAAGGACUGGCGUGUGUGA